AGUGUGCACUAUAUCCAGUUCUGUUACAAACUUAAACGCUCGUUUAGAAUCCCUUCAAAUUCAGAAAGCCAGUGACAUGGCAGCAUGGAAUGAGCAUGUGAAGUCCCUUGAAGCUGAUGUAGAAUCAGCCUCGUCCCAGUGUUCUAGACUUGAAUGUCAGCUUGAGCAUGCCAAAUCUGAAUUAAACGACUCACUCCUGUUGCAUGAAUCUUCUGUGAAACUGCAUGAAGAAAAUAUGGAAGUUGUCAAUCAGCAAUCGGAGAAGAAUAAGUUAUCAAAUGAAAUGCUAGAAGAUCUUGCCCAAAAGACAUCAAGUGAACUUACAGAAUUGUCUGAAAAGUUGAAAAAGUCUGAAGAAACUGUUUCUGAGUUAGAAAGGCAGUUACAUGAAUCAACGAAAUCUUGUUUAGAGAAGGAUAAUGAAAAUUUUAACAUCAGUCAGAAGUUUUCUGAAGCUUCCUCGGAAAUCAGUGAACUGCAGUUAAAACUUGAAAAAGUAGCGACAGAUUAUGACUCUUUGAGUAGGAGUACGAGUGCUUUAAACCAGUCAGCAUUAGAAAAGAACAAAAUUAUUGUGGAGAAGGAUGAGAGAGUCACAGCACUUGAAACUAGUGUCACAAAUAUGGAGGAACUGAAAACUGCCAAUGAAAAAGAAAUCAGUUCUCUACAAGAGACAAGAGAUCAGCUAGAAAAGGAUAUCAGUGUUUCAAAGAAAAAACAGUGUGAAAGCACCAAGAUGAUAGAAGACUUGAGUUCCCUCCUCAAGGAACGGUCAAGGGCUGUAGAAGAGAUUUUGGCUUGUGUUCAAGAGAAAAAUCAACACCUUUGUGUAGAAACAUUUAAUGUGCCACCACAGGAUUCAAAUUUAGAGAAACAGAAAGAAUUUAUCAUGGACACUUUUACCUCAUUUAGUGAUCAAAUUAGUCAAUUAAGGUCAUCUGAAAAUGAAUUGACAUCAAGCGGCAUUGAAAAAGACAAUCAAAUAGUGAUAUUAGCUAGUCAAGUUGAACAGUCGGUCCACAAUGUUCAUUCUGUUGAAUCCAAAUUUGCAGCUCUCCAAAAGGAUACAGUUGAAAAGGAAAAGACUAUCAAGGAAUUGAGAGAGAGUGUUGAUAGGCUAACAGAAACCAUUCAUAGGACUGAGAAGGCAAUGGAAGAACAGCGUUUGGCUGGAGACCUAAAGGCCCAGGAAUUAGGUAACCAGAUCAAAGUCGUGAAUGAUGGGAAGCUAGCAUUGGAACAACACUUGUCAGGGCAAAUUAAUGAUCUUCAGAUGGAGAAAGAAAACCUUGCCAAGGAAAUGAAUGAAAACGUGCAGACUUUAACAGUGCAGAAAGAGGAGAUGCUUGAAUCUUUUUCGAAAAAGAUAUCUGCUUUGGAGGAAGGAAAGAAUGAGAUCACAGUUCAGCUUUCGGACAGAAUCCAAGACUUGACCACUGAAAAGGAUGAAUAUGCUAGUGAUCUGGAGAAAAAAACAAAAGAGAAAGAAAUUUUGGAAUCAGACAUGAACAAAUUGAAACAAGAGAAAGAUGAGAUUGUAAGUAUGAACAAGGAGCACAAACAUCAGUUAUCUGGGGAAAUGGAAUCACUGAAAUUAGAAAAAGCAAACACAAUCAGGUCAUCAGAGGAAAGAAUAAAACUUCUGGAAAAAGAACUUCAGAAAAUGAAACUAGAUUAUAAUGCCCAGAUUCAAACUUUGGAACAAGAAAAAGAGGAAUGCAGUACUCGUCUUGAACGAGAAUUGAUGGAAAUGAAACAGGAGAGUGAACAGACUAUUAGGCAGCUGAAAGAAACCACUCUGCAGAUAGAGGAGGAAAAAAAGUGUGUCACACAGCAAUUCUCAGAUCAGAUUGAAAAUCUUUCAAAGGAGAAAGAGACACUAACACAGUUCAGCAAGGAGCUGGAGUCCUCUUAUGCUUCACAGGAACAAACUAUACAAGCUCUAAAGGGUCAAGUCCAAGAGUUGACAACUGCGAUGGAAGAAACUUCAAAGCAUUCGAAAGCUUUUGCACAAGACAAAGAGGAAGACAUUGAAAAACUCAACAAUGAAAUACAUCUUGUAUUGAAGGAAAAAGAAUUGCUUGAAGAGAAACUUUCAACUAAUGAAAGAGUGAAUGAGGAAAAAUCAAGCCAACAAACCAAUGAAAUAAAGUGCCUUACAGAGGAAAACGAGUCAACAAAGUUACGUCUGAAUGAUGAGAUUCAGCGCACGAAUCAAAUUGUACAAGAGCUGAAGGAGAAGCUACAGAAGCUUCAAACAGAUAUGUUGGAUAAAGAUCAACACACUAAAACAGCAUAUGAGGAUUUUGAAAAAAUCAGAGCUGAAAAAGACGAAAUGGUUUCUUCUGUUCAACAGCAUGCUAGUUCAUUGGAGGAAGAGAAGGUGCAACUCCAGAUCCUUCUCAAAGAUGCCAUGUCAAAUCAGGAGAAAAGUACAAAGAGACAUCUUGCAGAGUUUGAAGACUUCAGGAUUGAAAAGGAAGACAUUUUCAAUAACCUACAGGAGAAAAUAGCAGGACUUGAGGUAGAGAAAAACAACCUUUCAGUUCAGAUAUCUGAUAAAAUACAGUUAUACGAAUCCGAGAAGAGGGAAUGCAUUCAGCAAUUUACCUUAGAGAUGGAAGAAAAACAGAAAGAGCUAGACACCGUUGUUGAAAAACUCCAAGGAAAUAUAAAUAUUAUGGAAAAGGAAAAAGAACAGCAGUCUCUUGAGAAUAAAAAGACUGUUGAGCAGAUGUGCUUAGAAUAUGAAUCUCUGCAGACUGGAAAGGAAAAGGCAAUCAUGUCUCUUGAAGAGAAACUCAAGUUUCUCCGGGCUGAGAAAGAGAAGAUAAUAUUGGAAUCAUCAGCAACUAUAAAAGAGAGAGAUGAAACAGCGAGAACACUUGGAGAGAGUUUAGUCACACUUGAGGAAGACAAAGAGAAGAUUUCUCUGGAAAUGGAGAGGAACAUGCAAGUACUGAAGGAGGAAAGAGACAAUAUUCAAAAGAAAUUAUGUACAGAUUUGGAAACGCUCAGAAAUGAAAGAGAUCAACUUCAGAAGGAUUUGAGAGAUAAGACUGAACAAUUAGAACGUGAAAAGGAAGAACUCUCUGAAUACUUAGAGAGCAAACUGAAAGAGGUUUCUACAGAAAAGGAGGACAUAUCAAGUAACCUUCACAAUACAAUUUGCUUACUGAAGAAAGAGAAAGAGGAUCUUGUUUUGCAGUUAACUCGGCAGAUGGAAGUGUCAGAAAAUGAAAAGGACAACUCAAAACAACUUCUUCGUGAGAUUGAUGAUAUUAAAUCAAACAUGGGGAAAACAACAACUUCAAUGCAAAAUGAAAUUGAGGAUAAUCAGUCUAUCAUUCAACAACUGCAAGGAAACAUUGAAAUGUUGGAACAAGAGAAGCAGGAACUGGUUCAGUCAACAUCUCAUCAGCUGGAGACAUUUUCAAAUGAAAAAGAGAAAGAGAUCAAUGAACUGAAAUCGUCACUGGCAUUAGAAAUUGAAAGAGGAAUCGAAGUGACUGAGAGUUUAUCAUUGGAGAUGAUGAAAACUACGGAAUUGGAGGAAAAGGUUCAAGCAGAACAUGCAAAGUGUGACGAAAUAACAUCUAAAAUCAGUGCUCUAACAGAAGAAUUGCAGUCAUUAGGAAAACAAAAGUCAGCACUUGAAGACAUGCAUACUGCAGAUGAGACAAUAAUAACACUAUUGAAAGAAACUGAGCUCAAACUGGAAAGAGAGGUUGAAUCGUAUCGGUGCAAACUAUGUGAAGUAGAGUCUGAGUUAACCACAUCAAGAAGUGCAGAGGAGGAUCUUAAAGACCAUUUGAGAAAAGCUCUUUGCAAGCAGGAGUUAACAGAUGCAGAACUUUUAUCAGCAGCUUCCACCUUGUCACAGUCCCAAAAGGAAUGUGAGGAGUUGAUUCACACUGUUGAGACUUCGAAAUCUGAUUUGGACAAGACCAAAUGCCAGUUUGAGGAAGUUGAGGAAACCUUGAGGAAAACGUGUUCUGAAGUAACCAAGGAAAGAGAUGUACUUCUUCAUCAAGUUGAUGAAUUGUUAAAAACUGCAAAAGCAGAUACUGAAGAUAGGAAUUCUCUGUCUGCAAAUGUGGAAAACCUGUCUGCUAACUUGACUGAAAUCAAAAAGGAAAGAGAUGAGGUUUCUCAUAAGUUGCAAAAGACAACUGAAUUGAUGAAUGACAUGUGCCAUGAAAAGGAGGGUCUGUCUCAAGACUAUGCAGCAUUGACCAAGGACAACGUGAAUUUGUCUCAGAAAAUGGAAGAAUUGCAAACUAAGUUGAUGAAAGAUACAGAAAACAUUGAGUCUUUAACGGGUGAUAACACUUCACUCCAGUCACUUAUUGAGGAUUUGGAAACCAGAUUGGAAAAUCUUCAACAAGAAAAAGAUCAUACAGUGUCGACAAUGAAACAAGAAAACACAACAUUACAACAGAAACUAGUUACCUCUGACGAGAAAGCAAGUGAGCUGGAAAAAUCUCUUGACUCUUUGGAGGUGGAGAUGAACAAACUCACUACUUCCCAUAACACAUUGAACACAGAGUUCCAACAAGUCACAGAACAAUACAUGCAAGCUGAGACAGCCUGUCUUCAUGCCAGCCAGGAAAAGGAGGAGACAUUUCAGAGGAAUGAAGCUACACUGAGAGAAUUGCAGAUGAUCUCUGAAGAACACAGACAGGCUAAAGAUAAAAACAAUGACCUUCAAAAUCAACUUGAGAAGGUCAGAGCUAACUAUGAGACCACUGCAGAAGAUUUGAAGUCUUUAAACAUUGAACUUGAAGAUAAAGAGUCUAAAAUGUCUGUAUUGCAGAAAGAUAUGGCCAGUAUGGUCGCCUCUCUAGAAUUAGUGAAAACAGAAAAAGAGGACUUAUCACGAAGGUUACAGAAGAAGGCUGAUGAUUUGAAGGCAGUGAAUGACGACAAGGAGGAGCUUGCUGAAGCUUUAGAGAAAAUGGGGACAAGACUUCAUAAAAAGAGGGAAAAAUUUGAGAAGGUUACAGCUUCUCUUACCAAAGAAAAAGAGGACCUCAAGAUUAAUCUGGAAUCUGCUGAAAAGGAUAAGAACAGUCUGACUAAAAAACUAGAGGCUGUUCAAAAGGAUCUUACUAGAAUUACUGAAGAGAAACAAGCCAUUGCAGGAACAUUAAAAAGUCUAAAUAAUGAACUUGUAGGUAUAUCAGAAAAACUUGCAAAGGCAGAGAUACUUCUUGACGCAGCAAACCAAGAAAAAGACGAACUGAUAAGUGAAUUGAGCAGUGCCAAAACAGAAAAGGAAGAAAGUGUCAAAAUGUUGGAAGAACAAAGCAAUGUGUCCGAAUACAUGAAGAGGGAAAGAGCAACACUUACAGAAGACGUGGCUAAAGUAAAACAGGAACUGAAAAGAACAAGUCACUCAUUUGAACAAGCAAGCACUCAGCUUGAAGAGCUGGAACGUUUGGUGCAACAGAAGGAUGGUCUCCUAGAAAACUUCAAAAAAGAUUCGCAAAAGGCCGCAGAAGAAAAAAUACUUCUGCAUCAACAAUUAAUUGAAGCAAACACCAACACAGAUCAAUUAAAGAAAACUUGUAUGGAGAAGCAAGAGCAACUAGAUGGCCUCUGCAUUGUGCAUGAACAAUUAAAAGAAUCAAAAACAAACUUAUUAAAAGAUUUGGAGGAAAACAAGAAGGUAGUUAAUGCGUUAGAGUCCAACAAAGAGGAAUUAAUUACCCAGGUAGCUAGUUUGCAGGAAGAUAUUUCAUCUCUGACUGACAAACUUAAUCAAAUGGACCUGGAGCUUAGGGAAGGGCUUCAAGAAAAGGAUGGAUUGACAUUGAAGUUGGAAGUAGCAACUGAUGAGAAGCAGACGUUGAUGGCCUCAUUGCAGACUGAGCAAGAAAAUUGUGCAAAGUUUGAGCAGGAUGUUUCAGCUAUUUCCCAGCAAUUAACAACACUGGAAACUACUGUAUCUAGUUUACAAGAGGAAAAGGAAUGUCUGAUAAAGGACUACCGCCAAAGUGCUAAUAUGGUACAGGAAACUUCUGAAAAAUGUGAUCAACUUCAAGAAAAUAUUUGUGAAAUGGAAUCCGAACAUUUAACACUGAAAACGGCUAAUGGUAAGUUGGACAAUGAGUUAGCAAAUGUGACCGCACAGUUAUGCCAGAUGAAACUAGACAAAGAAAAAGUAGAAGAAAGUCUAAGAGAGUCGGUAGAAAACCAUGAUGAAGUAACUGAAGUGCUACGACAGGCACAGGAGACAGUACAACAGAAACUUGACCAUAUUAUCAAGCUGGAAAGUUUGGCAUCUGAGAAACAGAAUGAACUUGCAAUGAUGAAGGAAAAUGAAAGGAAGCAAUCUGACCAUUUAUCGCAGCUUAACGAUCAAGUGAAUAUGCUUACAGAACAAAUUAAACAGAAUGAAAUGGAAAUCCAUUCAGAAAGGAUUAACGCCAGGAAAGUUGUUAAGGAAACAAAACAUCAGGCAAAAAUUCACCGUGAGGAAAAUCAGAAUCUUCUAACCACACACAAGUCAAAGGAACAACAUUUGAAUCAACAACUGGAUGAUUGUUCAGCCAAAAUAUCAACGCUUUUGACAGAAAUAGAAAACAUAAAGGAUUCCAAACAUGACACAGACACUAAACUCUCUUGUGUCCAGAUGGAAAAAGAACAGCUCACUCAGCAAUGUGAAGCAAUUCAAACUCGAGUCACAGCACUAGAGGCAAAACAGAGGGAUUCUACAACUAUGAUUGAAGACUCAUUUCAGCAGAAUAGUUUUAUUGAGAAGGAAAAGGAAGGGCUCACUCAACAACUAGCUGCACUAGAAGUUGAAUUAACAAAACUGCAAUCAGAUUCCACUUGUCAAAUCAAGUCACUUCAGGAGGAAAAACUUAAAUUGUUUGAACAACUGGAUGCAACCCAAACUCAAAUUUCAACAAUGAAGGCAGAAAAGAAGCACCUUGAGUCUUUGAAAGAGGAUAUUUCCCUACAACUCAAUCAGGAACAAUCUAACUUGAUGGAGGCCAGGGCAGAAAAUGAUGACUUUAAAUUUCAAAUCAACAAACUGAAGGUAAUUCAGGCCGAUCAUCUAGCGCAGAUCAGUAUUCUAACAUCACAGUGUGAUGACUUAGAUUCUUCUAUGUAUGAGGAAAGGACAGCUUUGAAGAAUCAGUUCAUGGAAAAAGAAAGACAGAUGGCUGAGGCGAGAGCAUCAUACAAUGUUGUAAAGACCAAAGCAGAAGAAACUGAAAAACAGAGACUUAGUUUGGAAAAGGCUCUUACUACAGUGGAGGCAGACAAAAGGAAGCUGGAGUUAUUGCUUGAGGAGAAAAGUCAUCAUCUGAACUGUGUUGAAAGGGAAAGAGAUGAAAUGUGUACGCAUUUAGAAGCUGUUAAAACUGAAGUCACAGCACUCGAAGCAGAAAAGAAGACCUCUUCAAGUUUGCUAGAAGACACUUGUCAGCAAAAGAGUUCUAUUGAGGAGGAAAAAGAACAGUUCUGUCAACAACUAGCUUCGAUACAAGUUGAAUUCACAAAAUUGCAAUCAGAUUCCUCAUCACUUCAUGAAGAAAUGCUUCAAUUGUCUGAGCAACUAGCAGAAUCCCAUUCCCAAAUUACAACACUGGAGGCAGAAAAGAAACAUUUGUUUGAGCAACUGGAUACAUUCAAAACUCAAAUAACAACAGAAGAGGCAGAAAAGGAGAAAUUGUUUGAGCAACUUGUAGCGUCUAAAACUCAAAUUACAACACUUGAAGAAGAAAAGAAAAGCUCUGAGUCUGUGAAACGGGAUCUUUCCAAACAACUCAAUUGUCUUCAGGAUAAUCUUCAUCGAGAACAAUCUGAUAUGGUGGAAGCAAGGAAAGAAAAUGAGGAACAUAAUGUUCUAAUCAACAAACUGAAGGAAAUUCAGGCCGAUCAACUAGUGCAGAUCAGUAUUUUAACAUCACAGUGUGAUGACUUAGAUUCUUCUAUGUAUGAGGAAAGGACAGCUUUGAAGAAUCAGUUGAUGGAAAAAGACAAACAGUUGGCUGAGGCGACAGCUUCGUUCAAUUUACUGAAGACAAAAUCAGAUGUAAGUGAACAACAGCUACUUGAAAAGGGAAAGGCUCUUACUACAGUGGAGGAAGAAAAAAGAAAGCUGGAAUUAUUGCUUGAGGAAAAUUGUCAUCAACUGAAUUGUGUUGAAAGGGAAAGAGAUGAAAUGUCUGAACAAAUAGUAUCAGUUCAAACUCAUGUUGCAGCAUUGGAAGCAGAACAGAAGACCUCUUCAAGUUUGCUAGAAGACUCUUUUCAUCAAAAGAGUUCUAUUAAGGAGGAAAAAGAAGAGCUCUCUCAACAAAUAAAUUUGAUGCAAGUUGAAUUUUCAAAACUACAAUCAGAUGCCUCUUGUCAAAUCAAGACACUUCAUGAAGAAGUACUUCAAUUGUCUGAGCAACUUACAGGAUCCAAAACUCAAAUAACAACUUUAGGGUCAGAAAAGGAGGAAAUGUCUGAACAACUGGCAGCAUCUAAAACUCAAAUAACAACACUUGAAGAACAAAGGAAAGACUCUGAGUCUGUGAAACAGGAUCUUUCAGCACAACUUAAUUGCCUUCAGGAAAAUUUUCAUCAGGAACAAUCUAACUUGGUGGUAGCUAGGAAAGAAAAUGAGGAACAGAAUGUUCAAAUCAACAAACUGAAGGAACUUCAGGCUGAUCAUCUAGCACAGAUCAGUAUUCUAGGAUCACAGUGUGAGGACUUAAAUUCAAUUAUGUAUGGGGAAAGGAAAGUAUUCAAAAAUCAGUUGAUGGAAAAAGAAAGACAUAUGGCCGAGGUGAGAGCUUCAUACAAUGUUCUGAAGACAAAAUCAGAUGAAACCAAACAACAGCUACUUAAUUCUGAAAAGGCUCUCAGUACAAUUGAGGAAGAAAAAAGGAAGUUGGAAUCGUCUCUUGAGGAGAAUUGUCAUCAACUGAAUUGUGUUGAAAGGGAAAGAGAUGAAAUGUCUCAACAAGUAGUAUCAGUUAAAACUCAGGUUGUAGCACUGGAAGCAGAACAGAAGACCUCUUCAAGUUUGCUGGAAGACUCUAUUCAUCAGAAGAGUUCCAUUGAGGAGGAAAAAGAAGAGCUUUCUCAACAGUUAGCUUUGAUACAAGUUCAAUUUUCAAAACUGCAAUCAGAUUCCUCUUGUCAAAUCAAGACACUUCAUGAAGAAGUGCUUCAAUUGUCGGAGCAACUUACAGGAUCCAAAACUCAAAUAACAACAAUAGGGUCAGAAAAGGAGGACAUGUCUGAACAACUAGCAGCAUCCCAGACUCAAAUAACAACUCUUGAGGAAGAAAUAAAGCAGUUGUCAGAAACCCUUCAUCAGGAACAAUCUUACUUGGCGGUAGCCACGACUGAAAAUGAUGACUUGAAUGUUCAAAUCAACAAACUAAAAGAAAUUCAGGCCGACCAUCUAGGGCAGAUCAGUAUUCUAGCAUCCCAGUGUGGGGAGUUGGAUUCCUGUAUGUAUGAGGUAAGGAAAGCAUUGAAGAAUCAGUUGAUGGAAAAAGAAAAACAGAUGACUGAGGCGAGAGCUUCAUACAAUUUACUGAAGACAAAAUCAGAUGAAAGUGAACAACAGCUACUUGAAAAGGGAGACGUUUUCAUUACAGUCGAGACUGAAAAGAGGAAGUUGGAAUCAUUGCUUGAGGAAAACUGCAGUCAAAUGGCAUUUGUUCAGAAGGAAAAAGUUGAAUUGACUGAACAAUUAACAGAUGUUCGCAUGCAAGUCAUUUCACUAGAAACAGAAAAAAGGAACAUGGAAACUGUAGUCAGUAAUUAUACUUGUCAACUGAACUCUGUGGUGGAGGAAAAAGAGGAGUUUUGUCGGCAGCUAGCAGCUCUUCAGGUAAAACUUACAUCACUGGAGACAGAAAAGAAGAUUGCUGAUGACUUGGUUAAAGAUUACGACUAUUCACAAAAAUCUGCUCAGGAGGAAAAGAUUCAAAUGUCUCAGCAGCUGGAAACUGUUCAAUCAGACAAGGAAUCACAAAUAAGUAAGCUUUCAAUGGAACUGGAGAAAGUCAUCAAGGAAAAGAAACAAGCUGAAAUGAUGUUGGUUCAAAUGGAAAGCGAGUCCAAUUCUCAGUUUAGUGUUCUUCAAGCUGAAACAUGUUCCCUACAGGAGCGUCAUGAUGAACUCCAGAGUGUGUGCAAAAACAUUGUUUCAAAUAACAAAACAACGGCAAAAGAUUUGGAUCAGGCCAAAUGUCUCCUCGCAGAGAAAUCUCAACAGAUGCAGGACAUGGAUACGUAUCUGGUUGAAGCGAAAGUUGAUUUUCAACAUAAGUUUGACGCCCUGCAAAAAGAAAAGGAGGAAUUGCAAGAAAGGACGGAGCAGCUGCAAGAGGAAUUUACAGAGAAUUUAAAAGUAUUGGAACUAGAAAAUGUCAAACUUCAAGACGAAUUUGCUAGCACAAGAGAGCAGUGGAGGGAUUAUGAAACCCAGGUAAAAGAUGAAAGAACUGCAGAAGAAGAAACACGUCGUACACAAUUUAAAGAAUCAGUUAUCUUGAAAGAAAGAUUGGCCAAUCUAGAGGAUGAAAUUUUGAGCAAAGAAAAGGAAAUGACUUCCCUUAUGGAUAGCUUGAGAGAGAAAGAGAGUACACUCAUUGAUGUACAUGAUUUAAAUAUGAAAAAUAAUCUUCUAACAACAAAGCUUGAAAAAAGUCAACAGAAACUGAUGGAGAAAGAGGCUCAAAACAGUAUUCUUGUUCAAGAGACAAUGGAAUUGCAAAAUGCUAGAUAUUCAUUUGAAAUCUCAUCUGCAAUCAUGAUAAGGAAAUUGAUUCAAGAAAAGACGUACUGUGCUAAAGAGAGGGACAUUGUGGUCAUGGAACUGGCAACGAGCAAUGAACAGAACACACUGCUGCAAGACCAACUGUCAGAGGUAGAGCGUUUGAAGAAUACUUUUGAUGAGGAUAAGAAAAAUAUCCAAUAUGACAUUGAGGCAAUGUCUGAGAAAUGUGACAGGCUCAUGAAGGAUUUAGAACAGAAGAAUUCUGAACACGCUCUUGUUCUAGAAGAACGAGACAAUCUACGCAAGCUACAUCAGGAAGCUGAGGAGGUUAUGAAAUUACUGCAAACAACACAUUCAGAGAAUAGCAAGAGAAUGGAAGAACUCCAAAUUCUUCUUAAUGGAAAAGAGGAGGAAGUUAUUUCACUUAGGACUGCUUGCAAUGAUUCCCAGGCACAAGUUGAAGAUCUUCUACUCAAACUAGAGGAUACUGCUAAGCAAACAGACAGUCAUUUGGAAGAUAAGAAACAUUUAAAGAGUGAGAUUGACUCCAUGAGAGACAACAAAAACCUAGAAUUGAAAGAGAUGGAAUCGGAGAAAGCAAUGAUUAACAAACAGCUGCAAGAAACAUUGACAAGGGUCCAGAUUUUGGAGGAAGAAAACCGGAGCUUGACCGACAAUGUGGUAGAAUUGGAUCACAAGGUGAGAUCUGCAGGUGACGAAAUCAAGGUCGUCCUUGACAACAAGAACAUUCUGGAAGGACAACUAGAACAAUAUAUGGUUGAUAAUGAACAGCUGACAAAACAGCAGGAACAACUGACGAUAGAAAUAGAACAACUGCACCAGACCAGCAAUGAGACAGAGACUAGCGGGAUACAGGAUGUGGAGGAAAAGGACAGGGUCCUUUCUUCUAAAGACGAAGAACUUUGCAACAUCUCACUGAGGUUGCAGGAAACCGAACAAAAAUUCUUCGAGCUGGAAGGAGUUUUACAAGCUGAGAGGAUCGAGAAAGAGGCUCUUCAAACACAGCAGCUUGAGACAAGUGCAAGAGCUGAAACAUCAGAUGAGAAGGACAAUCUUGUAACGGAGUUAAAGAAAUUGAAGAAAUUAUGUAAAGGCAAAGAUGCAAAGAUCAGCAAAAUUAUGAAAGAACAGGAAGAAAAGUUGGCUUCUGUCACAAGAGACUUUGAGGAAAAGAUGGUUGGUCAAAAAGCAGAUGGAGAGAAGUACAAUACAGUGUUGGAAGAGAAAGAGGGCUUGGAAGCAGAACUGCUGAAACUCCAAAAGCUUGCAAAGAGUAGAAGUGUAAAAACAAAGAAGUUUGAGGAAGUUGUUGCUGAACAGGAGAAGAUUAUUGCCUCAAAAGACACAGAGCUCUUUAUCAUGCAGGAAAGAAUUAAAGAACUCACAGAAAAAGUUGAAGAUGCUCAGUACGAAGAGGAUGCACUCCGAAGCCAUCUGGAGCAUGAAAGCAAAGUUCAGGAAGAGUUCAAAGUCAAGUGUAAAAGUCUACAAAACCAGAUUGAUGUGAUGAAACGUGAGUCAGAGAUUGAGAAAGUGCAAGUGUCCAGCACAAUGUCUAAUUUGGAACAGAGCCAGGUCGAUUCGGAUGAUGUGAACGCUAGAUUGAUCGCAGAGAAGCAAGCUUUGGAUCUAUCCCUGGCAGAGAAAUCAUCAACCGUCAAUGAUUUGCAAGAGAACUUGGCAUCUGCUUUGCAAGAGAAAGAGAGAAUAACAGUUGAACUGAAGAAGAUGCAGAUGAUCGUGAAAGGAAAAGAAGCAAAGCUGCGGAAAAUGGAUCUAGUUGUUUCGGAAAAAGAGAACCUGCUGAAGGUGAAAGAGGACGCGGUUAAACACCUACAAGUUAUCUGUGAGGAGAUGAAAGAAAAGUAUGAAGAGACCAUAGAUGAACGAGAAAAACUGGCAAGUGAGAAUGAAAAACUGCAAAAAGUUGGAAAAGGUAGGCAAAAGAAGGCCCAGAAGUUUGAGGAGGUUGUAGAGGCACAGGAAAGGGUACUAGCAAACAAAGACACUGAUGUCCUCAUACUACAGGAGAGAGUGAAAGAUCUUACACUAAAACUGGAGGAGUUUGAGGAAGACAACGAGGAAGCCCAUUACCGUUUGAACGACAGUCAACAGGCCAUAAAAAGCUGGGAGGAUAAGAGUAUGGAUUAUGAAUCAUAUGUGACCCGACUAAACAGCACCGUAUCACAAAAGGAAAGUGAAAUCAUACUGUUACGUGAAGACAUUGCCAUUUUGAACAAUGAAAAAGAAAUGCUGGUGAAAGAAAUUCAGGAUACAAGGGAACAUGUACAGAGUAGGGAGCAGACAAUGUCAGAAAUCAUUCUGCAGUUAGACUCUGCUAAAGCCGAAAAAGAGCAACUGGUGAAUGAAAUUGAUGAACUGAAAGGAGGAGGGAACGAUCCUUUGAAAAAGGAAAAGGAACAACUGACAAAUGAAAUUGAUCGCCUCAAGAAAGUUGUGAAAGGAAAAGCUGCAAAGGUGCAAAAGUUUGAGGAGAUUGUGACCAAACAGGACCAGAUACUAGCUGAGAAGGACACAGAUGUAUUGAUGCUCAAAGAACGUGUCAAGGAACUCUCAGAGAGUCUUCAUCACGAAUCUCAAAUUGUAGACGAGCUGGAAGCAGAGGCUGAAAAGUCUGGAUACUGGGAAAACAGGUUUACUGAAGUGGACAGGAAAAACCAGGAACUUCACAAACUAAUAGAGGAAAAUCAGACCUUGUACAAGUCAGAUGGUGUUACGAUGAAUGAUACUUUUACCACAGCCGUUCAGCGAGUAGAGUCGGAGGUAAUCGAACCAGUGUUUGCUGCUCAGUCUAUGCAAUCGUUGAUGACUAGCACACCGAAGCGACCAGAAGGAAACAUGGAGGAGGAGCAAAUGGAACAACGGUAUGAACAAGAUCUGCAAAAAUUAAAACACCAGGCUGAACAAGAGAAACAUGAACUAGAAACCUCAUUGAACAAACUCAAAACCCUUUGCAAAGCAAAGGAUGCAAAGAUAUCCAAACUGACCAAGGGAGGGAAAGGUAAAGGAAAAGGGGCUGAUUCAGCUAACGUUUCUGCACUAGAGGCAGAAGUGUCCAGUCUGACGUACGAGUUAGAGAAGAGCAAGGAGGAAUUGUCAGUAAAAUGUUGUGAAGUAGAAUCUCUAGAAAAGUCGUAUAGAGAGGACCAAGACAGGCUGGAAUCUUUACAACAGAGCUUGAACACUACCCAAGCCAAUGCUGAUGCUAGGGAUGUAGAAAUUCUCCAGUUGAAGGAACAGCUUCAAGGCUAUGGUGAUUGGCAUCAGAAUGCAGUGUCUGGAUUGCAGGAUUCGGUAGCAAACCUGCAGAAAACUUGUGAGGAAAAGGAAACUUUGUUGGCACAGUGGCAACAAUAUGGAGACAAUACACAAAGCCAGAUUGCCUACCUCAUGCAGUUUGAAGCCCAAUGCGAACAAGUGCAGGCUGAACUGGCCAGUGCUAAGGAAACUAUUGAGAACAUGGAAGCAACCAAACAAGAAAGUGUGCACAAGGUGACUUUGCUGGAAAGUGAAAUCGAGGACAUGAAGAGUGAAUUAGACAAGAGUUCAGGGAAUGAUGAAAUGUAUCGCCAGCUGGAAGUGCAGCACAUGGAGCUUCAGAAUCUUGACAAAUCACGCGUCGAUGACCUCGCAUACAAAGACCAGGAGAUCAUGUCCAUCAGAGAGGACAUGGAAAACUUGCGGGCGACACAAACUGACGUAGUAAAGGGGUUACAUAUCCAACUACAGGAAAAAGACACUGAAUUAUCAAAUCUGCAAUGUGCCCUGCAACUAUCUCAGGACAAUCAGCUGGGAAAUCAAUCCAAACUUGAGCACAUCAGUACAACAUUAUUACAGAUGGUGGAAGAUUUCGAUAGAAACCAAGGAUCAUCAUCUCCAAAGAUGGAAGGUGUUGGGGAAGCUGAGAUGGAUGCUGUUGAAAAAUGUUUACCUCUCACAAGGAAGUUAGUUUCUUAUUUGAAAACGGCAGUUGAGGAACUGACAGAAAAGUGUCGGGAGAAAGACGAGUGUCUGUCCAUUCUCAAUAGUGAGAACCAAAAUUAUUCAGAAAGAUCUAGGAAUUUGGAGCAUAGUCUUCACAAUUUGGAGCAAUCCUACAGGGAAAUUCUGUUUGAUGUUGAGAUGAAGGAUUCCAAGAUUUCCUCUCUGGAGGAGGGUAUCCACGUAAUUCAAUCAACGGGGCAGAGUAGUGAACAGUCUUUACAUGACAAGGAUUUAGAAGUGCAAGAUCUACACAAUCAGAUUCAACGACUGAGGGACAACCUGUCUCACCAAGGUGGUGAGAUGCAGAAUUUACAGGAGCUGUACUCCAGUCAGUGUGAAAAACUGGAAGAAACUUUGGAGUCUUUGGAGGAGGCUGGUCAACUGUAUGGUCAGCGCCUCCAGGAAAAGUUGACCACUAUCGCAGAUUUAGAAGGGGAUGUCAGGCAACAGCAACAAGCUACUCAAGAGGCACUGCACAAAGUGGAAGAGAAAGAAUCCCUGAUUAGUGAGCUCCAGAACAUCGUUCAAACCCUGCAGGAGACUAAUACAAAGCUUCACGUUGAUGCUGAGGAAAAGGACACAAUGAUCAGAGGUCAUGAAAUGAAGAUGGUACAUAUGGAGAAUCAACUCGAGAAACAGAUUGCUUCCACACGCGACCUUCAGCACCAGUACAAUGACCAAAUGGAAAAACAAAAUCAGAUGAUACGGGACAUAGAGGAGUUCAAUGAUGCCAGCUCUAAAAGGCUACAGGAAAAGGAGACUGCUGUUUUGGAAACCAUGCAAUUGUUGAAUAAGGCGCAAGCAUCUCAGGUUGAGUUGGAAACAUCAAACCAAUCUUUGAGGGAUAUGUUGGAAGGCAAAGAUACAGAGUUAUCGGGAGUAAAACAUGCGUUGGUUCAACUUGAGGAAUCCGUGGAAACAAAAAAGAAGUGUUUGAGUGAGUGUGAUGGUGUGAUUGCUGACCUCCAGGGAAAUUUGAUCAAAUCUGAGGGACUAGUACGAAGUCAAGCAGCCAGUAUUCUGGAAAUGGAAAACAAACUGAAAUCUGUGACACAGCAACUGCAGUCUUCACAGGAAACAUCUGGCGGUUAUCAGGAAUCCCAAAUGGAAAAAGAUGCUGCUCUACAGGCACAACUUCAAAUAUGUGCUGAUCAAUAUGAAAAAUUGCAAAAUUUAAACUACAGCAUAACACAACUACAAAAUCAACUGAAAUCUGUUGAAGCAGAUUUGCACAAGUCAGAGGAACACGGCCGAAAUCAAAGCAAGGAACUGCUGGAGCUGGGGCAGGAAUAUCAACGUCUACUGGUAGAGUACAACACUAGGAAUGGAGGUCAAACAUCUGUUGAAGGUCAAAUGCAGAUGGAAACCACACAGCCUUUGAGGUCAGCACCUUCACGUCAAGAGGAAGUCAUGCCAGAAGUCGUAGAAGACAUGGUCAAGGAAUCAGCUCUGUCCUUGGAAACUGUUUCUAAUGAUAACUCACACCUGGAGGAGUUGAACGUUCAGAUCCAGACAUAUGCAGAAGCUGCAAGCCGGCUGCAGACAGACAUGGAUAAAAUGGAGGAAGAUCUGGAUAAAUCAAGGUCAGAAUUGGAGAAGUCAAACUCAGAAUCCCAGAAAUUACGGUCAGAGUUGGAAAGGUCACACACAGAAUUGGAGGAGUCAAGGUCAGAGUUAGAAAGGUCACACACAGGAUUGAAGGAGUCAAGGUCAGAGUUAGAAAGGUCACACAAAGAAUUGGAGGAGUCAAGGUCAGAGUUAGAAAGGUCACACACAGAAUUGGAGGAGUCAAGGUCAGAGUUAGAAAGGUCACACAAAGAGUUGGAGGAGUCAAGGUCGGAGUUGGAAAGGUCAAAAUCAGAGCAGGAAAAAUCACAAUCAGAACUAGAAAGAUCUCAAGGUGAUUUACUGAGCAACUUAUCUAAAGUAACAGACUUAGAAAAGGUCAGCGCAGAACAACACACAGCUCUGGCUCAAGCACAAGAGGAAGGUCGUUACUGGAACACUGAGGCUGAUCGUCUGAAGGGUUCUCUAGAAACUGUCACUGCAACUUUGGAAAGUUUAAAAGCUGGAGCUUCAGAUACCGAGACAGAAUUAGUCCAGACUGUUGAAAGACUCAACACUGAUCUGACAUCUCAAAGUCAGGAACUUGACAGAAUGAGAGACAUCGAGAGAGAAUUGAGGUCAGAUCUGGAAAUUCUUCAGCAGCAGACAGAGAGUGAAUCUCAAAUCAAAAGACUGCUGCAGGAACAGUUACAACAGACAGGACUCGAACUGGAGAGUUCCAAACAAGAGUUAGGAAAGUUACAGGAGGAAUUCUCCAAGGAGAGAGAGAAUCUGAGUCUUCAGCUGGAACACACAACGCAACAGUGGCAGGAAAAGCAGCUAAAAAUAGAAUCGCUUUUGGGUAAUCUACAGGAAAUGGAAGAAAGAUUGACACUAAUGGAGAGCAUGGAAGAAAAGUUAUCUCAAAUGACAAGCUUGGAAGAAAAGUGGGAAGACCUGCAAGCUCGGGUUGUUGCCAAAGAGGGUGAGUUGGAGGACAUGAAGAAAACCGCAGCAGAUAAGGAACUCCAGUUCAAGAAAGCCCUAGCAACAGCCAAGAAACUCAAGUACCAACUCCAACAGGCUAACAAGGCCAAGGACGAAUUAACAGCAAAACUAGAAGCUGCAGGUAAACAGGUUGAAGGUACAAGUGAAGAGGGAUCCAGUGUUGUUGAGGGCUCUGUAAAUACAGGGGAUCAGGAACGUAUCGGUGAACUCGAAAGUCAGCUAACGGCGCAUGCAGAAUUCUCCCACCAGUUACAGGAGAAGAUUCAAAGCCUUACAGAGUCGACUGCUGCAGGGGAGAGAGAGCUGAAAACAAAAGAUGACCAAAUUGUUAUGAUGCAAGAUGAAUUCACUGCUAUGCAGGAGGAACUUUCAAAGUAUGUUCUAGAGAAUGAGCAAUUACAACGGAGCAGAAAGGAUCUGGAUAGGACAGUAAGUGAAUAUUCUAAUUCAUACGAACAAAAGGAAAGCUUGUGUUCAGAACUACAAGAGAAGCUUGAUGGUGCUGUGGAUCAGUGUGUCCAGGCAGAGGCAAAGAGGAAAGACUUGGAGGCAGAGCUUGUUUCUGUACAGGACAUGGCGAGGACUUACGGCAACGCCCUGGAGGAAAAGGAAAGCCUUUGUGAAAUGCUUCAGACCCAGGUGCUAGAAUUCUCAUCUAAGCUACAGGAAGUCGCCCAUGACAAUGACACUCAAUCAGCAACCGUUGUGCAGAAUCUUCAGGAUAUGAUUAAUGAUCAGAAACAAACAAUAGAAAACAUUUCACAGAAACUUCAACACUGUGAGGAAUUUUUGGAAGAACGGGAUGCAAAGCUGAACGAACAGAAUUCUCAUGUGACGAAUCUCGAGUCACUACUACAGUCACUACAAGAUGAAAUCCGUGAGAAAUGUGAGUCAGUGAAAACACUGGAAAGCAGGGUCGUGGAACUAGGUCAGGAGAAGGGACAAUUGGAGGAGGAAAGACAGACAUUCGUUAAGGAGGAAGGACAGACAAAAGAGGAUCUGGACCGAAUAUCACAGGAACUGGAAAUGGCGAGUCAGAAAAUAGUGCAGUUAUCAACAGAUUUGGAAAACAAGGACCAAGCAAUGACAUCUGUUUACACUAAUGUUAAAAGUGUCCACCCAAUAGUCACAGACAGAGCAAGCAGUGCUUCUACCAUGGAGGAUGUUCUGGCGUGUAUCAGGGCCGUCAUAGACACACAGGCUGCAGAGGUUGUCCAACUACAGACCCAGCACCAGAUGUUAGCUCAGCAGAUCACUUCUCAGCAAGACACUCUGGAAACACAGAAUGCUUCUCUACAGGAGUUCACAGUGCAACAAGAUGUACUGGAACAGCAGAACACUUGUCUACAGGAUGAACUUAGAUCAAAAUUAGGACAACAAACCGAAAAACUUGAAACUGAGCACACAGACCUGACAAACAGAAUCGCAUCCUUGGACAAGGACAACUUACAGUUAACCAAUCAGUUGUCUCUGCUUCAAGAAGAAAACUCGCAACUGACCAAUCAGCUGACAGCAAUACAAGGAGAUUGUACCAAAAUGGAAACUCAGUUGAGAAAUCUUCAAUCUGUGGAGAAAGAAAAGGAACAUUUAGAGAAUCAAAUGAAGUCUGUAGAGCUAGAAAUGGGAAGUCUGUCAAAACAAGUUGAUAAUCUUCACAUUGAAAAGGAGUCCUUGAUGAAAGAACUUUCUAUGUUAUCAGAUUUAGGUAAUGAAUCCCAGCAAGUUAGAUCAUCAUUACAAGAAUUAGAACUUGAGAAAUCUCAACUUUCGUCAGAGCUUCAAAUUCUGAAGGACAAUUUGCUGGAGCAGAAGGAAAGUUAUGAAAAGUUGGAGCUAGAGUUUAACCAAAUCAAUGAGGACGCCAUGCAGCAAAGGAAAGCAAAAGACCGACUUGGCAAAGAAUUGUCAGAAAAGUCUGAUGAAUUGGAUGAAACUCAAAGCAGAUUUGCACAAAUUUUGACAAAAUUGGAGUCAGUCAGCGAUGAGAACAACCAGUUACAAGAGAAACUGUCAUGUUUGUCAACUAUCCAGAAAGAUCCUAAUGCUGAAGUCCAAAUCAGUGACUCCCCAGAUAACGAGGAUGGAUGGGGCGACUGGGGGGAUACUAUUGAGAAAGAGCAUGUACAACCAUUAAAACAGUCGGCUCCACUGGAGACAAGUUCCACUGGUGACGAAGGCAUUAAGGAACUAGCGGACUUGAAGGAGAAAUAUGCUGAACUGCAGAAAAACCAUGACAGGAUAACAAAUAAUCUCCAAGUUAUGGAAUCAAAGAGCGAGAAGAUGCUGCUGAAAUUAAAGGCUUUCAAAACUAAAAAUGACACUCUGCAGACAGAAGUGAGUCAACUGAGGGAAGAACUAUCACAAUCGAAACUGUCGUCGGAGAAAGAUGAGGAAAUGACGAAGCUGCAGCAGGACUUGGCUAGAUUGUCACAUAGUUUACAUGAGGAAGUGGAAAAGAACCAGACACAUCAGCUGGAUAAGGAAAACAUGGAGAAGGCCAUGAGUGACCUUCAAAUGUCCUUGACACAGGAGCGAACUAGGAGUCAAGACACUGUCAUGUCUUUGGAGUCUUUGACCAAGGAAAACCAGUCUGUCAUGCUGGAGCUCGACAAUGUCAGGACACAGAUGGCUACAGUCCAGACAGAGAAGGAUGAAAUGUAUAGAACUUCAGAGAAGGAAAAAGAGAAAUAUCUAACGGAACUCAAAUCAUUGGAGAACAUCAAUGAAAGGCUGCAGACAGAAGGCGAUGAAUUACAGAAAAACAGUGAGUCUUUGCAGUCUGCAUUGACAGCAAUGGAAUCAAACUUCGAAACAACGCAGCAAAAGGCGAGCGAUGCUGAGAGACAGUUAAGAGAUAGCGUGUCACUGUGUGAUUCUUUGGAAAGUGAGAACAAGACAUAUCAGGAAAUCCUCGAGAACAUGAAAGAAACCAACCAAAAGUUAGCUCGGGAGAAGGAAAAGGCUACCAUCGCGUUACGGCAGUCCGAGGAGAAAAGUCAGAAUUCUGCCCAACCCUCUGACAGUUCAGUUAAAGAGAUUCAAACUCUGAAAGAGAAAAUUGAAGAUCUGAAAAUAGAAGUGGAAGAGGUUCCAAGCCUGAAAGAGAAAGUUAAAUCACUGGAAACAGAAAAGGAUGAAAUAGCAGAAGAAAUGGAUGGACUACAGGAGGACUUAAUAGCAGAGAGGAAGGAAAAGAAGACCCUGAAGGAAGAGAUAGAAUCAGUAAAACAACAACAGGUUCAACAUUCUGGAGUGUCGGAGGAUGAGGUGAUGAGCUUGAGAGAAAAAGUCAAACUUCUGAGCGACAAGAACGAUGGCCUGAACUGGAAAAUUGAGGAGCUCACAGCAGCAGAGGAAGAGUUAAGCAGCAUCCAGACAGAGCUGGACCUGACCAAGGCAGAGCUGAACAAAGUGACCAGAGAGAGAGACAGUCUGUCAGAACAGGCUAGUCAGAUGUCUCUACAAGCUCAAUCAAUGGGAGAGAACCAGAACAAUGCCUCCAGCGAGUGGCGAAUCAAGGAUGAAGACUAUGACAAUAAACUGAAGAGGAAGAUUGAGGAGUGUGAGGAUCUGGAGGAGAAGUACGAUUCCCUGAUGGAGGAUCUCAACGAGGCCAAUACAGAAAACGACGAACUGAAGCUCAACGUGGCACAGUGGAAACUGAAAGUAGAAUUGUACGACGCAAUGGAGGAGGAAUAUAAAUCUAUGAAGGACAAAUAUAACAAGGUAUUAUCAGAGAAACCCCAUUCUGGUGCAGAAGAGUUAGAUCAAUCUCAGUCUGAUAAUGUGAAAGCCUUGGAAGAGAAGUGCAGCAAGUUGGAGCAACAGGUUCUCGAACUAGCGUCUGUCGGCCAUGACAAUACCGACGGGGAGGACCUUAGGCAAAGACUAGAGGAAAUGGAGGAGAAAUAUGACUCGGUGAUGGAAGAAUUAAAUGAGGCCAUGUCUGAGAACGAUAAUGUUACACAAAAGAUGCUGGCUUCAAAAUUCAAAGCAGAUUUGUACGAUGCCAUGGAAGAUGACUACAAGGCAAUGAAAGCUAACUACACCAAAGCUCUGACUGAGAAACAGAAGUUAGACACAGAACUGUAUGACUUGAAGCAGUCGGGUAGCCUGGUAAAGGAGGUUCCCAGAGCUAUCCAUGAACCUAUGGUUGUCCAGGAGGUUCUGGUGCAAGCAGAGCAUUCCCAAGGAACAAUGGCUGCAAGGCCACAGGAUAGUGCAGAGGAGCUGGGAAAACUGAAGGAGGCAUUCAAAGAGUUGGAGGAGAGAGAGGAGUCACUACUUGAGGACCUAAAUGAGGUGGCUGCUGAAAACAACAGCCUGCAGGAGAAGUUGCUACAGAUGACACCCAAAGCACAGAUGUUUGAUAAAUUGGAGGCCGAAUACCAAAGCAACAUCGACAAGUACAACAAGGUCUUGUCCGACAACAGUAACAUGGCUCGGCAGAUCGAGGAGCUACACCAACGACUGCAAACAAGCUCGGAGGCUGACAAGGACCUCAGCUACGUCCGGGAGGAGCGGGACCACUAUGGACGGGAGAGGGAAAGUCUCACAAAACGCAUACAGCAGCUGGAAAGCCAGUGUCAGGGUCUGUCUGACGAGAGCGCUGGACUGAACCAAGAGGUCCUGAAACUGGAAGGCGACAACCAAACCUUAGUCUUCGACAACAACACAAUCAGAGCACAGCUCGGCAUUUCUAAGGGAAGUGGGGAGAACACCAACAAGUUCCAGAACGAGUACAAGAAACUGCAGGAGCAGUUCAACAUCGCCAUCACACAGAAAAACCAGGCUCAGAAAGAGGUCAACCAGUUUGUGCAUCGGCUGCAACAGAGGGACAGUCGCUGUCAACAGCUUGCUAUGCAGGUUAGCCAGUUAGCGGAGGAUCGUGGCUACCUAAACAAACAGUUGGGCCACCUGUCCAAGGGUCUGAGGGAGCGUGAGACACAACUAAAGGGACUUCAAGAGGAAUACCGUGUCCUUUACCAGGCCCACAUGGUGACACAGGCUAAGUUAAUGGAGACGGAAAAGAAGAAUGUUUCGGAGGCCAUUCACAAAGCUUCAACCCCUCAGCCUCCAGAGGCCGAGGUCAAAUCAGAGGUCAACGACACUGUAGAGGUCAAGAUUGUUGAUGAUGAAAAACCAAUGGUCACCAUUGAAGCGGGUGAAUUGUCAAGGAUAAAGAACAGACUUGGUGAGGUUGAACUGGCCUGUGUCCAGUAUCAGGAGCUGACCGGUCGGCUGGAGAGGACACUGACUGGUGAGCGAGACACUCGGAUACAAAUGGAGGAGGCUUUGGCGGCUAGCCAGGAGCUGUUACGGAAGGCUGGAGACCCUAAGGAGUUCCAGCUGGACAUCGGUGACGAGGACGAGGACCUGGCCAGGAUUAGGGAACACAGUCCCAUGCUGAUGCGGCAUGGGUCCGGUUACUUUAGCAGGGUGCAGCGUUGGUUACGAGUACAACGGGAAUACUUAUGCCUUUCCAGCCGCCAGCUGAACCGCGCCAUGAGGAUACGACCGGGGAUACGCACGAUGAUUUGGGGUUACUUCAUUCUCAUCCACGUCUUCAUGCUCGCCUGUGUCUUUGGAUUUUUGUAAGGCUGACAACGUCGUCCGUCAACCCUGAGAGGCUGACAACGUUGUUCGUCAACCCCGAGAGGCUGACAACAUCGUCCAUCAACCCUGAGAGGCUGACAACAUCGUCCGUCAACCCCGAGAGGCUGACAACAUCGUCCGUCAACCCUGAGAGGCUGACAACAUCGUCCGUCAACCCUGAGAGGCUGACAACAUCGUCCAUCAACCUAGAGAGGCUGACAACAUCCACCAACCACCUCAACAAGUGGAUGGAUACUGUACAAAAAUGAAUAUGUUCUAUAUUUAUUUGGUUCAUAUAAUGUAAAACUACAUGUUUUUGCGUGUAAGCAUUUUUGAUGAUAGAUAUUUUAAAUAUUUUCCUAUGGGGAAUAUUUUUUUCAUCCAAACCUUCACUUAAAGUAAUAUCAGAUUAUCAUGUUAUUUAUUUAAUGUUUAUUUGUAUAUAUUUGCUGGUGUCAAUAUUAACGUUAAAAAUGAAGAGAUCCUGUCACAAAAUAAAUCGAAUUUUAUUCAGCUCAUUUCAUCCUGUUAAAGAAUCUCUGUAAUCUUUUGACGAUAUUGUGCAUGGGCACAAUUGUAGAUUUAUUUUGUUGUUAUAGAAUGAAUAUUUUCAUUAUUGAUCAAUCGUGAUGGUUCUGAAAUAGCUUAGACAGCAAAAACUAGUGUAAAUAUUAAACUACAGUGGGAUUAUAAUCUAUACUGUUAUCUUGGUCUCCGCUGAAUCUGCCAGCAAUUUUGGGGACGUAUUUGUCUUUUUGUGCGUAAAGUGUCGCAGCAGCGUACAGACCUCAUUAUUAUAGGACAAUGCAGUGUGUUAAUUCAAAACUCUAUGCAUUCCAUAUCAGAAAUCAUUUUUAAAAAAGCGUCUUAUAGUUCAUUUCAUUGUAAUGUAAUAUGUAUAAAUUUAUGAAGUACUAUUAAGUAGUAUUUCCCAAUUAAGUCUGGUUUGCCAUAUUGGAAGACUUGUGAAUGUGAUAUCUCUAUGAAAUUAGAAUUUCCUUGUGAUGUUACAUGUACAGUCAUGUAAACAUAUAUAGUUGUAUUUAUGGUAUGUCCAAUUUUUGUCCUGUGACUGGGAUCCAUGUCUAGUUGAAUCUCCGCGAGAGACCACGUACACGCACACCCUUAUAAAGCAAUCCUCUCCCUCUAAAGAGACCAUUGUUGUCAUAUCCCCAUUAAGCAGUGUACUGUAUAUUUACAUUAAGAGACCACCUCUGUUCAGAGACCUCUUUCGAGGUGUACAUAAUUUAUUUAAGAAAGGUCACAGCCUCAAGUUGCUUGUGUUGUGUACUUUCUUGUUUUUCUGUUGAAGAUGUUUUUUGUUGAAGAUGUUACGAUUGUCCAAUAUUUGAUGUAAAUAUAAUUGAUUUUUCUGUUGAGUUAAACUGUUUAAGAAUUAUUGGAUUACUGUACAUAGUAUUGGAUUGUUAAAAAAGAAAAAGAAAUGGUUACAAAAGUAUCGGUGCACAUUAGUAUUUUAUUUGAAGCACUUGUUGAAGAUUCUUACCACUGUGUUAUUCACAUUGUUUUAUUUCAUUGAAAAAGACGCCAAGAAAAAAGACGCCAAGAAAUUUCAAUAGGUGUGAAGUUCCAUUUUUUUUUUUAG